AUGACCCGGGCGUUGGGCGAACUGUGGCCGGAGUGGAGAGAGGACGGGAGUGCGCCGAUAGUGAUGAAGGCCAGCUCAAAAUCGAUGAAGUUCCUGACCGCCCGCUUGGCCUUCUAUCCCCCGCAGAUGAACAAUAAGGGCAACUACAUUGCCUCCCUCAGUAAGGUCCGUUGGUGGCUGGCCAAACAAGCCGAGGCCCUCGGCGUCGAGAUCUACUCGGGCUUUGCCGGUGCUAAACUGCUCCACUCGGACGAUGGCAAGGCCGUCCAAGGGGUCAUCACCAACGAUAUCAGCCUUGAUCGCUCCAGGAAACCCAAAGACCCGGAAUGGAGUUCCAUGCUAACAGGAUCUUGUUGGCCGAGGGCUGCCAUGACGGCAAAGACCCCCAGACCUACGAGAGACGGCAAAGACCCCCAGACCUACGGUCUCAGGAUCAAGGAAGUCUGGAGAGUUAAGGACGAUGUCUACGAGCCGGGUAAGGUCCUCCAUACUCUUGGCUGGCUACUUCAGCGGGACACUUAUGGGGGCAGUUGGAUAUACCAUCUCGAGGAUAACAUGGUCUGGUUGUUGGUCUGGAUUAUCCAAACCCAUACCUGUCUCCUUAUCAGGAAUUUCAACUUGGAGGACGAGCUAGGGAAGACGGGAAACGGGUCAGAUCUCAAGGCCGGACUGAUCACCGGACUGGGACUAUUUGCAUGGAAGCAAUUCAACUGGACUUUUGGCGAGCUGGUGGUCCGCAAGUUCUGUAAUCCUGGCAACCUUGAUCUCGCGAAAGAAAUGGUCCAUAAGUCCGAUGCUAUUCAUAGCUCUUAUCAGCUCGCUUCUCAUCACAUCCACCUCUACCUUUCUCAACUCAACUCGUUCAAUGACUCCAAAGCCAAGGCUGGCUUAGAAUGA